AUGCCACAGGUCUGGGACGUCCCAUAUUACCCUGAGGAGGCGGGGCUUAAGCACAGUUAUAAAUACAGACAGCUGGUCGGGUCAACACCCGGAUUAGAGGAGCAGAAAGGAGCCCAGAGGAGCAGAGGAGCACAGAGGAACAGAGGAGAACAGAGGAGCAGAGGAGCACAGAGGAACAGAGGAGCACAGAGGAUCAGAAAGGAGCACAGAGGAGCAGAGGAGCACAGAGGAACAGAGGAGCAGAGGAGCACAGAGGAGCAGAGGAGCACAGAGGAACAGAGGAACAGAGGAGCACAGAGGAUCAGAAAGGAGCACAGAGGAGCAGAGGAGCAGAGAGGAGCAGAGGAGCAGAAAGGAGCACAGAGGAACAGAGGAGCAGAGGAGCACAGAGGAACAGAGGAACAGAGGAGCACAGAGGAUCAGAAAGGAGCACAGAGGAGCAGAGGAGCAGAGAGGAGCAGAGGAGCACAGAGGAUCAGAAAGGAGCACAGAGGAGCAGAGGAGCAGAGAGGAGCAGAGGAGCAGAGAGGAGCAGAAAGGAGCACAGAGGAUCAGAAAGGAGCACAGAGGAGCAGAGAGGAGCAGAGGAGCACAGAGGAUCAGAAAGGAGCACAGAGGAGCAGAGGAGCAGAGAGGAGCAGAGGAGCAGAGAGGAGCAGAGGAGCAGAAAGGAGCACAGAGGAACAGAGGAGCACAGAGGAACAGAGGAGCAGAAAGGAGCACAGAGAAGCAGAGGAGCACAGAGGAGCACAGAGGAACAGAGGAGCAGAAAGGAGCACAGAGGAUCAUUUGGCACAGAUCUUUCGGCUCUGCUCUGAGGACCUGAUUGAGGACUGGGCCAGGUCUCUUUCCGAAUUGAGCCCCAUGAAGACCGACCUGUCCCAGAUCCUGAUCCCAGAGGAGCAUCUGCUGCAGCAGGACCAGGUGGACCUCCUAGGUCAGCAGUGGGACCAUGUGUGUGUGAAGGUAAGAGACCUGCUGUAG